AUGGAGGUUCCAGCCACUAUUGCAUCUUCGGGCAGAGCACAAGGCACUGGCAUAAGACGAUUGCACGUCGUAACCACGACGGCAGUCGCAUCGAAUCAAGCACUCGCCUCAGUGUCUCCUGGUCAGGUUGUUCGAUUGUAUGAUCCUGCAGUAAAUUUCACCCAGUCUUUGGGGAAUGACAGUAAAGGGGACAAUAGUGGUUAUCGUGCGGCAGCAUACUAUGUAAAUUGGGCAACGUAUGCUCGGAACCAUCAGCCAUACGAUCUUCCUGUUGAAAAUCUUACGCACGUCUUCUAUGCAUUCGCGAACAUCAGCAUGGAAGAUGGCAAAGUUUCCCUUUCUGAUCCCUAUGCUGACACUGACAAGAUCUUUCCUUUCGACACAUGGUCGGAGUCGGACCAGACUCUCAAAGGGUGUCUGAAGCAACUUUUUCUCUUGAAGAAGAAGAAUCGGAGGUUGAAAACCCUUCUCAGCAUCGGAGGCUCAAUCUAUUCUCAGAACAUCGGCGAUGCGAUAUCCACAGAGCAGGGCCGACAGAACUUUGCGCAGACCGCAGUGACUUUACUCGCUGACCUUGGUUUCGAUGGCUUAGACAUUGAUUGGGAACAUAUAGAGACCGACACAGACGCGCAGAGCUAUGUAGCACUACUCUCUACAGUACGUAGAGAACUGAACAAACAUGCCCUCAGUCUACCACAACACCCACGACUCCUGUUGACCGUGGCCUCUUCCUGUGGCCCUUCUUCUUAUAGUUUGAUGAAACUAACCGAGAUGGACCAUUAUGUGGAUUUCUGGAAUCUGAUGGCAUAUGAUCUCGCGGGACCAUGGUCGGCACUGACAGGGCAUCAGGCGAAUGUCUAUCCAUCAACGAACAAUACAGCAAGUACACCUUUCAACAUCAACGCGGCAGUGGAUCACUAUACACAGUCUGCUGGUAUCCUGUCGAAUAAGAUAGUUCUGGGGAUGCCGCUAUACGGCCGAAUCUUCGCUGAGACUGUAGGGCCUGGGUUUCCAUAUGCAGGGUCUGGCAACUCUGGGGACUGGGAAACUGGAACUUGGGACUAUAAGUCCCUCCCAAGACCUAGAGCAAUAGAAACCUGUGACCUGCAGAUGAUUGCAUGCUGGAGCUAUGAUUCUCUGAACAAGCUCAUGGUCACAUACGAUACUCCAUACAGCGCCUCAGCUAAAGCUGAAUACAUCAAGCAGCGGAAGCUGGGGGGCGCCAUGUGGUGGGAAAGUAGCGGCGAUCGUACCGAUGACAGGAGUAUCAUCAACUCUGUAGUCGACAAGCUCAGACUUUCUGGAGCGGAUCAAUUGGAUAACACCUUUAACCUGCUGCAGUAUCCCUCCAGCAAGUACGAUAAUGUCAGAAAUGUGUUUCCGAGUGGAUGA